AGGGCGCCUAGGGCCUUAAGCCGGUCCGGCGUCGCGUUAGUGGCGCUCCCUUCCCGCCUGCAGAGACGCUUCCGCUGCCCCGAGGCCAAUUUACGCGAUUCUCCCCAGGGCCCGGGACGAGGCGGGUGCUCUGGCGGCCGGGACAUGGAUGGCUCACCCAGGCCGCCCUCUCUGGGCUCACUGGUCGCGCUCUUGGUGUCCCCGCCUCUGUGUCGCCCCCCCUACCUCCCUCGGCCCGCUCUCGAGGACCUGGCGGUACAAACGAGUUCAGCCGGGGAAAAGAAGUGUUAUUUCACCAAAUUUCGCGUCACGCAGAUUCAAGAUGACCAACGAAGAACCUCUCCCCAAAAAGGUUCGACUGAGUGAGACAGACUUCAAAGUUAUGGCACGAGAUGAGUUAAUUUUAAGAUGGAAACAAUAUGAAGCAUAUGUACAAGCUUUGGAGGGCAAGUACACAGAUCUUAACUCCAAUGACGUAACUGGCUUAAGGGAGUCUGAAGAAAAGCUAAAGCAACAACAGCAGGAGUCUGCGCGGAGGGAAAACAUCCUUGUAAUGAGACUAGCAACCAAGGAACAAGAGAUGCAAGAGUGUACGACUCAAAUCCAGUACCUCAAGCAAGUCCAGCAGCCGAGCGUUGCCCAACUGAGAUCAACAAUGGUAGACCCAGCGAUCAACUUGUUUUUCCUAUUGUGUUCUGUAUGUGUUAAAUCUAUCACUGUAACAAUCGUAAGCAAAGAAGGCUAUAUACAGUUUUAUCUUCCUUUAGUGAUGGAUGGCUCUUUCCUUUGCAGCCAAACAGGGAAAAAGUUAAUGGCGAAGUGUCGAAUGCUCAUCCAGGAGAAUCAAGAACUUGGAAGGCAGCUGUCCCAGGGACGUAUUGCACAACUUGAAGCAGAGUUGGCUUUACAGAAGAAAUAUAGUGAGGAGCUUAAAAGCAGUCAGGAUGAACUGAAUGACUUCAUCAUUCAACUUGACGAAGAAGUAGAAGGUAUGCAGAGUACCAUUCUAGUUCUUCAGCAGCAACUGAAGGAGACUCGCCAGCAGUUGGCUCAGUACCAACAGCAGUCUCAAUCCUCGGCCCCGAGUACCAGCAGGACUACUUCUGAACCUAUAGAACAUGCAGAGGCCACAAGUAAAGACUGCAGUCGGCUGGCAAACGGACCAAGUAAUGGUAGCUCCUCCCGUCAGAGGACGUCUGGGUCUGGAUUUCACAGGGAGGGGAACACAACUGAAGAUGACUUUCCUUCUUCUCCAGGGAAUGGUAAUAAGGCCUCCAACAGCUCAGAGGAGAGAACUGGCAGAGGAGGUAGUAGUUACGUAAACCAACUCAGUGCGGGGUAUGAAAGUGUAGACUCUCCCACGGGCAGUGAAAACUCUCUCACACACCAUUCAAAUGACACAGACUCCAAUCAUGACCCUCAAGAGGAGAAAGCAGUGAGUGGGAAAGGUAACCGAACUGUGGGUUCCCGCCACGUUCAAAAUGGCUUGGACUCGAGUGUAAAUGUACAGGGUUCAGUUUUGUAAUAUUUUUCCAGCAAAUUUUUAUACAGUGUCAUUUAAUUUGGGAGAGGAUACUGUCCAAAAAAUUAAUGCAUACUUUGUCAAAAUUUGCCUUUUCGUGGGUGUGUGUUUUUGUUUGUUUGGUUGGUUGGUUGCCUUUUUUUUUUUUUUUUUUUUUUUUGCUUCAUACCUCUGCCACUUUGGAAAUUAUAACAGUUAAUUACUUCAAAUGUUGCUAAAAGGACAUUUUGUGUAGGGUCACGUUAUUUUUAUAUGAGUUAAUGUGAAGUUGUAAAUGGAAAUCUUUCCUUAAAUAUAACACAAUGAUGUCUGUAUAAAUCUAUGUCUAUCUAGAACCUGUGCUGUGUAAGGGCAUUCUUACUCAAGCUGUUAUUAUACUUCUGCACCAUUCAGACUUGUUAGAAUAGAUGUGGGUUUAUGACUGCCAAGUUUGCCCAGUACAGUAGUUUUUUAUCACUAAAAGUUGGACUUGUUGAUGGAGUCCUAUAGUAGUUUCAGUGUUAGAUACAGUUUUUCCACCAUACAUCUGUGCAUUUUCUCUUUAGGUGACUGAAUGUUUUAAGAAAUUUGUGUGCAUAGUUACUCAGUUUUUAUGAACUGUUGUAUCCUGUUAAUGCAUAUUGCUCUGUGACUCCAGUAUAUCUUAUCUGUACUGACCAAACCUAAAUAAAGAUUUUUAUUGUAACU